AUGGCUGCUUCCCAAAAAUUUAGUUCCCUUGCUGGGAAAUGGCGGUGAAUGAUCUGAAACCCACAAUCGUUGUGAUUUAGCUUCUGGCUUCUUGGUAAGGCUGGGCUUCUUCGCAAAGAGUAUGGGUUUUUGACUCUGAGCAUAUAGUUGAAGGAUUCUGAAGGAGGUGAAGAAAUUUCUCACGAUGCGGUUGUUCCCCUUGAGCUCUAGCUCUAGCACGAAUUUGAGCUCGGAGAGGGAGCAAAAUAGUGAGAAAAAGAGUCGUACUGUGGUUUAUCUCAAUGUAUAUGACCUUACGCCUAUAAACAAUUAUCUUUACUUGUUCGGGCUUGGAAUCUUUCAUUCGGGUAUAGAAGCGCAUGGUAUGGAAUAUGGCUUUGGUGCACAUGAGUAUCCAUCAAGUGGAGUGUUUGAGGUUGAACCUAGAAGCUGCCCUGGCUUUAUCUUUAGACGAUCAGUGUUGCUAGGCAGCACUGACUUGUCUCGUACAGAAUUUCGUUGCUUCAUUGAGCGCCUCUCUUCUAAUUAUCAUGGAGAUACUUACCAUCUGAUCGCCAAGAAUUGCAACCAUUUUACAGAUGAAGUCUGUCAGCGGCUAACUGGGAAAUCUAUCCCUGGAUGGGUAAAUCGGAUGGCUCGUGUAGGUUCUUUCUGCAAUUGUCUUUUGCCAGAAAGCCUUCAGGUUGCUGCAGUUAGACAUCUUCCUGAACGUCUAACAUAUACUGAUGACGAAGGAUCAGAAUCUGGGUUGUCUGCAUCAAUAGAAAGUGAAGAGGAGGAGCCAAAUCACCAUCUGCUAACAGCAUCUAGUGGUGACGUAGCCUUUCUAAAGGAAAAACCGGUGCGGCUAGCUCGGGAGCUUCUUUGAUUUUAUCAGUUCCUGUCGUGUUGUGAUUAUAUUAUUCUUUGUUCGGUUUGCAUCAUAUUCGUAUAUACAAUCGCAGCUCACCCUGGUGACAAGCUUAUCAAACAGCUCUAUCUGGAGAAGCAAAAGGCAUAUUUAACAGUACAGUGACGUGUGAAGAUAAUCUGUUCAACCAAUGUCCAGCCCCCUUAAAGCUGGAGGGGCUGUCUGAAUUCUUAUAGAAGUCAUUAGAUUUCAAAAAGCAAAAAUGUUCUGGCUCAGGUGUGCUAUGUAUUGUGUGUGUUUGUGUACACCCCCGCCUUGUGUGUUUGUGUAUGCCCCCCGCUUUUUUGGGGUGUACAAGUGCUAGGCAGGCUACAACUUUACUCCCUAAAUCCACAACUCUGUGUAAAUUCCCCCCCCCCCCACAUAUAUAUAUCUAUUGUGAUUCCGCUCUAAUAUGGUUUGGGAGUUGAAGUCAAAUAAAACUUUGAAGGUGUGUGGAGGACGAGUUCUGAUGGUGAUGAGCCUGGGCCUCUGUAUAAAG